CUCUCACUCACUCACACACACACACACACACACACACACACACACUUUGCUUAUACACAUACACAAUCAUGUCUUCUAGCUUGUCAUGACUAGCUACAAAGACAGUCUUAGUGUUAAUAUUUGACUAAAGAAAGGAGGACCGAAGCUGCCUUAGCUGUGUUUUGUGUACCGUGUGUUAUUGGCUUUAGCAAUUUGACAACACAAAGUUCUGCUAGUUUCAGAGUCUACUGUCACUAAACUAGUGGACUGACCAAACAUUCGCUGCAAUGGAGGUACUGGUUCUGUUAGACUUUGAGGGAACGAUGGGGGAUGAGCUAACAGUGCGGGCAGGUGAUGUUUUAAAGAAUGUGACCGUGUCCAGUGAGGAAGGCUGGCUGGAAGGAGAGCUCCGUGGACAGAAAGGCAUCUUCCCUGCUAACUUUGUCAAGGAGGUGCCUAGUAACCUGAAAGGAGACAGUAAGAGGGAACCACGAAGCCUUAGAAAUACAAAGAUGAUGAAGGAGCAGUGCAGAAAAUGUGAAGUGACAUUUGCUUACACACCACAGCACAAAGACGAGCUCGAGCUAGUUGUUGGGGAGACCAUAGAGAUCAUCAGAGAGAUUGAAGAUGGAUGGUGGAUGGGGAAAAAGGGUGGAAAAAUAGGAGCUUUUCCAACAAACUUUGUGAAAGAAAUUUUUGUCUGUCCAAAAGAUGUGAAGAGCAGAGCUAAACUCUCUGAGGCCAUCUUCAUUAAAGAGGGAGCACAACAGCAGAGAGCAAGCAUACGUAAAAAGACAAAUGUAAAAGAAUGUUGCCAAGUCAUGUUUGACUACACAGCUAAUUCUGAGGAUGAACUAGAACUAAAGAAAGGAGACAUUGUCGCCAUCAUCAACAAGGCCUGUGAGGAUGAGGGUUGGUGGGAAGGUGAACUGAAUGGGAGAAGAGGCUUCUUCCCUGACAACUUUGUCAUGAUAAUCCCAAUGGAAACUCUCCAAGAAAAAAGUCAACCACCAUUGCGACGUGAAACAGUAAAGCAACCGGUAAAUCAAGCUUCCCUAAUGGAUAACCGCAGCACUGAAUUAAAUACAAAGACAGAAACCAAAGAUGACAAGUCAGAAGCCAAAGACCUAAGAAGUGAUGUUCCUGGUAAAAUAAAGCUGCCUGGUUUAUUCAAAAACCCACCACCACCAGUUAAUAACAAACCACAAACACAGAAGAUUACAUCAAAGCCGAGUGAUGAACACCCUCCUGUCUCAACAAAACCCACAGAAAGUAAGCCUAAAGAUUCCGACCAGUUUGAUGGAGUCGAUGUGUCUUCUACUAAACUCAGCCAUCCCACAGCCAACAGGGCCAAACCUCCACAGAGGAGACCACCAUCAAACACACUUGCAUCUGGUGACACCAACCCAAAUGAGACAUCAUCAUCAACACAAACAAAUGGGGCUGACAAAAAUCAUUCAAUUCCUCCGAAGACAGAGACAAAACCAGCAGAAAUCCAGGAGGAGAAACCAACACUGGAGAAGGUUAUUGCUGAACUUAAAGAACUGCACAUGGAAAUGGAACUGUUUAAAACCCGACAUGAGACAGACAUAAAAGAGCUUAGAGACGAGCUUAAUGAGGAAAGAAGCAAACGAAUGAAACUACAGGAUGAGGUACAAGUGCUGAAGAAACAGAAGUAACCCUAACACAGUGAACAUUUGACAUUGAGAUUUUUACAUGGAGUGCUGCUCUCAGUGGAAUUCUGAAUCAGGAUUUCAUGACACACAGUAUGAGUAAAGAGACAACACAGAAUGACCUGGAGAUGCACACAUCAGACCUCGCAGCAGUUACUGAUUCAACCUUUAUAUCGUGUAUAUAACGCAUAUACUAGAGGGAGAACUUAAUUGUGCAUGUAUUUUGUUUUGUGUGCACAGCUUUUUAUUGUACUCUGUGUGCUCCUAGUCUUCAUGCUAUGGUUUCCAAAAAAUCAUAAUGUUCUAUUUUUUUUAUAUAUUAUAUGUAAAGCCCAUAUUUUAAAUUAUUAUUUUAUGAGAUAUCACAUCUAUGGAUAAUUACUUGCAUUUUCUCUGGUACAGAUAUUAUCUUUUUUGAAUCAUUGGGUAAUGCUACAAGGUUUUAUCUAACAGGGUUUAGCACAUUAGUUAUUAUUUAUGAAUAGUGUCAGCAUUAUUACACAAUAAAACUAAAUUUACAAAUGAUGUAACACCUGUAAUAAGUCCUUCUUUUAAAAAUGAUAUACCAAGCAGUAAACAUUAUUUACAGUUUAAACUAUGUAAGAGACACAAAUACAGAAGUGACUCUAAAAGGUCACUAAUAUUUAUACUUUAAUUUAAUAGUUACACUUCAAUGUAGGUCAUACUUACACUGGAAAUAGAAAGUCUACAUACCCCUGUAGACUUAUAAAAUAGCAGGCUUUUGUGCUGUACAAAAAAAAAUUAAACCAAGGCAAAUCACGCUACAAAUAAUACAAAUAAGAGGUUACAAAAUUUUUUGAGUUAACUUAUAAUAAAUUAGCUGCAAAUGUGUGGCUCUAAACACAUAAAAUAAUAGAUCUAAACCCUUUUUCUUAAUUUUAUUACACCAGUAUCAGAAUGGAACCUGAUCAUAUUUUUUCACUAUUUCUUGUAAAAACAAUUUAGAUAACAGUACAUUUAGUUGGGCUCAAAUCUUUAUUUUAUUUAAACAAAAUACAAAUGUGGCUAAUUGCUUUGCUUAUUUCCAUACAUUACUUAUGGGUUAUUAAUGCACAAGUUUAUAGUUACUGAUUCAUAAUUUAUGCCAGUUUUGGGAAACCUUGUGGUUAAGUCUCACCAGUUUUUAGUUCUGUGGUUUCCUAAGUGGUAGAUGUUACAUCAUUGUAUUUCUCUAAAAAACACCAAAACAAAUCAAAGUAAGACAGCUUGUAUUGGUAUGUAAUAAUGUGCUACAGAAUAAUGAGGUACUUUAUAAUUGCUUAGACAUACUUGGCAUAAAAAACAAAAAAACACUGAUGUUUAAAUGUUAUUAUUACAUGCUGGCUGAUCCAGUGUUACAUUCAUGCCUGUUUCUUGUCUUGCCUCACUUUGAAAUGAGUUGUCAAUUUAACUGUGUACAUCUGCAUACUUUGGCAAAAGCUGCAGUGUUUUCUCAGGAUUUGUACUGUGACACUAGAGCUUUGCUGUUAAACUUGGUGAUGGAAUAAACAAGUCAUGCAUGUACAA